ACCAACUGCUGGAGCGUGCCAAGAGUCCAUAGCGACGCCCUUUUGAAAUCAGAGGGGGGAAAGACUGCAGUCAGCUUUCAGGCCGAGCGUCUAUGCCUCAGGACGGGAAGACGCUUAGGAUGGAUACCUCACCCCCCGACGAGCCCCUAGGGAAGCAAAACGUAAAUCUGCAAAGCCAGAAUGAGGAACUGGGGUUUAAGGAAAUGGACGGUCUGAGAGAAGCUUUGGCCAACCUUAGGGGACUGUCUGAGGAAGAGAAGGGCGAGAAGGCAAUGCUCCGCUCCCGCAUCCAAGAGCAGUCCCAGCUCAUCUGCAUCCUGAAACGCAGAUCCGAUGAGGCUCUGGAACGCUGCCAGAUCCUGGAACUGCUCAACACUGAGCUGGAAGAGAAGAGGAUGCAGGAAAUAGAGAAGAUGAAGGUCCAGAGUGAGCACGUCCAAAAGCUGGAGGGUCGCUUUAUGACCCUCGCAGCCAACCACGAGCUCAUGAUCCGCUUCAAGGACGAGCACAAGAAUGAAAACAUCAGACUGAAGGAGGAGAACGAGAAGCUGAAGCGGGAGAAUAGCAGCCUCUUCAGUAAGGCUCUGAAAGACCAGGAGGCCAAGGUACUGCAGCUUACUGCACACAACAAGGCCUUGGCGGAGGAACUGCAGGUCUUGAAACAGAGAUGUGCUCACGAUGCCAGCCAGGCUCAGGCCCGAGAGAAGGAGCUGCUGGGUCUGCAGAACCAGCAGGCCUGUGCCCAUGCCGAGGAGAGAGAGCAGCUGCUCAGCCAGCUGCAGAACCUCAAGCAGCAACACCGGCAGGCCACCGAACAGAUGGCGAAGGACCAGGAGGCUCACAGCAGCCUGAGCCAGGAGCUGCAGGCUAGGCUGCAGACUGUCACGCGCGAGAAAGAGGAGCUGCUGCAGCUGUCCAUGGAGAGGGGCAAGGUUCUCCAGAACAAGCAAGCAGAGAUCCGCCAGCUUGAGGAGAAGCUGGAGACCGCAGCCAUGGCCAAGAAGCAUGCACUCGAACGCUUCGAGCAGGAGGCGGUGGCCGUUGACAGUAACUUGAGGGUUCGAGAGCUUCAGCGCAAGGUAGACGGGAUCCAAAAAGCUUAUGACGAGCUCCGUCUCCAAUCAGAAGCCUUCAAAAAGCACAGCCUGGAUCUUUUAAGCAAGGAGAGAGAACUUAACGCCAAACUCCGCCAUCUCUUCCCAUAAGGGAAAUUCUGCCUUCCAUUGCCUGAGGUUAAUACUUCAGAUAUUGUGCCGUAGCUUUAUGGCAAAAGCAAAGAUAAUUCAUUUACUAUACUUUUAAGUACAAAACCACUUUACUAUGACACUGUUGUUGUUGCUGUUGUAAAAUUAUUAAUGUUCAGUUCGACCACCUAGAAUACAUUUAAGAUUAACCAGAGUCCCCACUGUGCCUUUGAAAUUUUCUUUUUUUGUUUGCUUUCUUUAUUAUUUAUUAUGUAUGUAGUAUUGUGUCUGCAUGUACACCUGCAGGCCAAAAGAGGGCAUCAGAUCUCAUUACAGAAGGUUGUGAGCCACCAUGUGCUGGGAAUUGAAUUCAGGACCUUCAGAAGAACAGUCAGUGCUCUUAACCUCUGAGCCAUCUCUCCAGCCCCGAAGUUUUCUUAAGAUUAUCUGUUUCUUCUAUCUCACAACUUACUCAUCUUCAACCUCAGAUGUCUUCCUAUUGCUUAAGAUUUAUGAUUUCAAGGAUCCCGAAAUGAAUGUGCUAUCGUGAAAAAAGGAAAACGUAGCCCCAUUGAUGGUUGCAGAGAGUUAGGCCUACUAUAGCACUGUAGCUAAGAACAU